AUAACAUUUAAGCACCACUGAUAAAUACCUUGGUAUAAAAUCCCUCCUUCCUCGAUUGCUUUCACACAGAAUGUCGACAUAAACAUCAAUAUGUUGUUAGUUGUGCUUGUGCUUGGCCUUAUAGAAAUUAUAUCUGGAUAUAAUACUACUAUUUUACAAAGUAAGUACAUAUAAAUGAUAAUUGAAGAAGGUACAAAUAAAUGCCGACUGAUGAUUAUUCGGCAUUUUUGUAUGAAUUAUUUUCAAUGAGUUCCAAAUUAGUUGUAUAUUUAUCAAAAUGCGGUAUCGAUUUUAAAGGUAUCUAUGCAGUCAUACACCAAACGUGAAUGCUAAAAGGCUAGAACUAGAGAUUUUCUUGAUAUGAACUUAUAGUCAUUAUGCUGACAAAACGUCUGCAUAUUAAUAUGCGUCUAUAAGCACCCAGUGGCUAUCGAAUAUCGACUUUAUUAUCGCCUUUUUCUGCUUUAUUUGGAUUUUGUGUGGGCGCAAUGGUGUUGUUAAUUUUAUUUGCGCUAUUCUUGAAUAGGGAACAAAAUGCUAAUUUUGUACUUUGUAUUGACGCAAUUUAUCAAUAUCAUGAGGUCUAUUUAUUAAAUGUUCAAAUUAUAUUAGGAUUUAAAGUCGUCGCUUUACACAAAUUACUCUGACUAGGUAUAGAGUGAUAUGUUUUAUGAUGUUCUUCUUGUGCAAAAUUGCUCGAAUUUAACGCCUAAACUUGCGCUAUUAUUGUCAUUCUCAUAACUCCGGAUAUUUAUAAUAUGCCAAAAUGUGACGAUCGGAAAUAUAUUCCGUCUCAAAUGCAUUCCAGCGUUAAAUGUUUUGAAAGUUAAUAUUUAUAAAUGGGUUAGGAACGAUGCUGUAUUUCUCGUCUGUUUUCUAUAUUGACAGUGCACUCUGAAUGUAUAUUUAUGAACCAGCUAGAAUCAAAAUAGACUACUGCAGCGGACAUUUUGAUCACGUUUUAGGAUAUUAAAAAUCGUGGGGUCCGUCACGGCAAAAAUCUCGUUAGAAAUGAGGAAAUCAACUACACAAUUUGACAACAUCGGCACACCGCAACUUCUGCAACUGAUAUAUUCAGGAAAUCUUGUCAGUUCAGAAAUCAACUGAUUUCGAAAUUUCGUAUAAGCUUUCGGAACAGCCAUGGCUGUACUAUAUAAUGUCAUUAUAUAUGUCAUUAUAUAGUCUGCGCGCAGGCUACCAUGGCUGAUCCUCGGAUAAAAUAAGGGUUCUCGAAUUCUAUGCACGAGCUAAUCCCCUUGUAAAUUGGCAUCGACAUGCAAUUCAUGAGUGAUGACGUUAACAAAAGCACUAAGUGCUCUUUUAAAAAGUCAUGUCUUAGACUAGAGAUUCAUUUGUAACGUACAGUUUGAUGUCUGUAACUAUAUACGAAACAACAACUAUUACUAUAGUAUAUAUUCCUAAUACCACUAUACAUAGACAUAGUUAUUCAGUUUACAAGUUACGCCUUAAAAUUAAUUAUUGAAUGUGAACACUAAAAUAAAUCCGUCCAAUAAUGCAAUGUAAGUAAUAAUAAUAAUAAUAACAAUACUUAAUAUAAAUAAGAUACCAAAGUUCAUGAUCCUAUAGGCUAGAGAAUACAGUCACUAUAACCUUCUCUUGUUUUUAUAUUACUUUAUUAAUUUGCAACGUACAGUUUGAUGUCGGUAACGGCUAUACUACAAUAGCUAUUAAGAGCUUGUUACUGUAAUACCUUAUAGUGGAACCCACUCCAAAGCGGGUUCUACUGCUUGUUUGCAUUGUAAAGAAUAGCAUGCAAAACCUUUCUAGAAUAAUUAAUUUACGUACCAUUCCUUAGGUUCAAACAGUGUAAAUGUGAGCAGUGUAAAGAGAUCGAGUUUGGCAAAUACAUAUUUUUCCACAAUUACUUUGAGUGCAGUUUUUAGUGAAACAACUCGAGGAAAUAACAGCGUACCAUCAACGAGGCAACUACGUCCAGCUUCGUCUUCAUUUUGGAUGCCACAUACGACACACGCCACAUCAGAAUCAAAGACAACGUUAGCAACAGUGUCAGAGACGUCACGAAUAGUGGAAGAAACGAUAACGACACAGUUUUCAUCGAUAACCAGUUCACAUCCCAAGAGUUUUUCACUAACACCAACAUCACCACCACCGGUGAAAACAACAAAAACACUAUGUCCGUGUCUAAGGGGAAAAUCGUGCGAAGAAAAAGUUUUCUGGUGGGAUGUAAAACCUGGUAUGUGAGUUCUGCUAUUACUUGUUUCACAGUUCAGGCUGCAUUUACUUCUACUUGAAAUACAAAACAAUACUCACUCCAAAAAGACCAGAUUUUAUAGUCAUUAUCAGGAUUAAACAACUUUGAAAAUGUUUACGUGUUCGGGGUGACUAUUGUGUUGUCUGUAUAUAAUAUGGUAUUUUCAGGAUUUUAGGCAUCUCACUCGAUAGAACUAAUUGUACAGGCGGCCCAAUCUCACAGUGAAUGAUCAGGUGUUGCGGAUUUUUAACGGCUUUUAUAAACAAACUUCAUACCCAACCAAAACUAUUCUUAAAUUAGUCAAAUAUAACUACACUUUUAUAAAUAAUAACAAUAAAAUAUAGUUGACAUGAGCCUCAUUUAAAGCGGUUUGAGUAACAUUUUCUGUGGCCUAUGUUGUGUGUUGCUCGUUAAGCCCGCCGCACACGAGAGCAACUUGCUGAGCUAACCGCCACGCGAGGCGGUGAGGAUUUGACCUCUCGAGGCCUUGAGGAAAAUAUCUAUCGUGUUUGAUAUUUUUCGCCUCGCGAGGAAAAAAUCUCAGCGUCUGCGGAUAUUGUGAGCUAAGUGCUGAGCUGUUUGAAUCAAUUAGCCAAUGACAAACCAUGGUUUCUUCAUGUGACUUGGAACAAAAUGGAGGAAAAUUUUUUGUCAAUUAUGUUGUUGUUGAGUAGUUUUCCCAACAUGUGCGGUCAAAAUACAUAGCUGCAUGAGCUAGCUGCCUCGCGAGGCGGUUAGCUCAGCAAGUUGCCCUCGUGUGUGGCGGGCUUAUAUAUGAAGAAGUAGAAGGCUCAUCAUUGGCGGCCCAACCACAUUGCUUUCAAAGUCAAUUAUGUCCGUUCAAACUUGCCGUACGGCAAAACAAAUUCGAUCACAUCUUUUCACAAAGGUUUCUCAUUCUAAAGAAUAUGGUUUGAUCAUAGCUUGGGCAAAUUUAGCAACGAAAGCCAAAAUCUCCUCAAUUUCACGUUCUCUAAUAUAAAUUCCCGCGUUCUCUAAUAUAAAUCAAGGGCAAAACAACCGUAAACCCCUUCCCUGCAAUAAUUUUAUCAAGUAGAGAGCCUGGCUUGCGAGGUUGUCAUUUUAUAAUUUUACGUGAUGUUCCAGGCCUAUAGUGGAGAUUUUAAAUAUCUCUUAUAAGUAUAACUACAUUACACCGCCUUUUCUGACGUGCAUUAUUUUCGUCUAAUACUUUAAAGUAGCUAUAUCAUCAACAUCUACUCUCAUGCAUGCAUCCGAUUAAAAUGCGCGAGCGUGCGAGUGGCUCUCGCAAGCACUUUUGAAAUUUUGACGGCACUUUGCCUGCCAUUUUGACAACAAUUAGCUCAAAAUAUAUUAAAUAAAUCCCCGUUUACACUACGCUCAAUUUUUGGUACGGCACGGAUAAAAUUGGUACCCGUACCACUUUUUUGGUUCUUGGACUACCUAUUUAGGUACGGUACCAAAAAUUGAGCGUAGUGUAAACGGGGCUUAUAUAGCUAAAUAGGUAGUCCAAGAACCAAAAAAGUGGUACGGGUACCAAUUUUAUCCGUGCCGUAUACCAAAAAUUGAGCGUAUAGUGUAAACGGGGCUUAAGAUGCAUUUUUGCAGGCAUAUUUUGAAGUUAUGGAUGUUUCUCGGAGGCACACAAAACUAUUAAUAAGACCUGUCUGCUCCACUGGUCUGUUCGCAUCUGAAGAGGAAUCAAUUUUUUGAAGAGCUUCCUCCACCAAUUUUGGCAAAACCAUGCACAUUGACCAUUACAUUCGUGAUUGGUCCAUUGAUAUCGCUGACCAAUUUUGAUCGCUCAGUAUCACAAGUAGGAGAAGCACCAGCAGAUCCUUCACUAUAGCCUGCCCGCGGCUAAUUCUUCACACCCCCUACAUGUUUCACAGAUACUAUAAAUUUAGGGCAAAUCCAGUGAAAGCAUGCACCCUGCUUAUGCAGUGCUACAGUAUAUUGAUUAUUAUCGGUGAAUAUUAAUGCAUUUAUGCAUGAGAAAAACCCAACACUGCGUUGCAACAUAAAGUUGACUCGAGCGGGAUUUGAACUUCACAUCCUGCUUGAGUCGACUUUAUGUUGACAAUGCAUGUAGUGUUGGGUUUUUCUCAUGAAUAUAUAUUUAUCAUGUCAGUUCCCUGGCGAUUGCUCUGAAAUAGAGUUGAAACACUGUUGCAUGCCAUCGUAAGAUUAAACAGAGGCCUUACGAUUUUAGGACGGCAACGCGACGACGACGGCCAAAACAAACUCCUUCAAAUAAAUCGUAGUAAAAAUAAUUCGUCGUAUAUUAUCAAUCGCAUGAAUUUAAUGUUGUCUUAGAAGUUGAAGACAUAGGUUUCAUGGUGGAGAAGAGUUCUACUGCAUGGACCCAGUUUGAAGUUGCACUUGCUGAGGCUUGAAAUGCAGCCGUUGUGUCAAGAAGUGAAAAUCUGUGAUUUGGCGUUGUAAACAGAGCAAAGUCUAAAUUAUUCAUAUAUUGUAAUUAUUCAAUUCUUUUCAAUGAUUUAUUGUAUUGGUAGCCGUUGCCGUCCAAAAUCGUAAGGUCUCUAAUGUUGUUAGUUGCAAAGUCUGGAAUUCAUCUUGCGUGCGCUGAAAUAUGUAUUUGAACUUGUGCACUCCCUAGUUGACUCGAUAGUUCAAUUGGUAGAUCGAGCGUCAGCCCGGUUCGCUGAAUAUGCGAGUUCAAAUAUUAUUAGCAUUAUCACUGCCUGAAUUUUAUGAACUAUGUGCAAAAUCAAGCUGUUCUGUUGUUUCAUGGUCAUACAAAAUUUGUAUAAAAAAUGUAUAUAUUCGCAGUAUUUAUAUCGUAUUUUGUUAUUUCUUUUAGGGACAUUGAAAUUUAUGUUCUAUGUCGCUUUUGGAGUUGCAUUAGUAAGCACAGUUUCGUUGAUAGUUGUUUGCUGUCGUUGGAGACGACAAACAAAAACAGUAAAAAAGCUCCAAAAACAAGCUACAACGUUGUCUAACCCGUAUGUAAACAAUCCUGUUGUAGGCUUCCCAUCACCUCUUCGGCUUUCUUCGUUUAUCAAUAGACCUGAAUCACCUUACGAUACGCCGGAGCCUGUCGGAACCAUUCAGCAAGAAGUCGAAGUUUCUUAUGUCAGUGUGAUAGAUGGAAACGAAUCAGAAUCUCAUUACGCUGCAGUUACAGGAAACGGAACGGCCAAUUGCUAUGCAGAUAACGAGUCACGUGAUAAUGAUCCACUGCCGUCGCCUGCUUACACUAAUGCUAGUGUGUUUGAAAUGGAUCCUUAUGAACAAUUGUCAGCAAACCGCACCAAUGAAAAUCCUUAUACUUCAUUGAUUACCAGAGAUGAAAACGAAGAGAACCAAGAAGACGAAGUGAACAAAGAAGACGAAGAGAACGAAGUGACUAUUUAAAUAAACAGUGAGUACUGUUAACUGGCAAAGCAGACUAGUGUGGAUCUAAUCAGUUGCUCAAACUAUAUUCAUCUAGGCUUAAUGUAAAUGAAGAUUAGAUGUAAGUUAUAGAAAACACUAAAGGUUGCUAGUAGUCAAUAGAUUGAUAAGAUCUUUGUGAAUAAAAAAGGAAUCUAAGUGUGCGCCGAAAUUUGAUUCCAUUCGGGAAUGAUUAAGGCCUGUUCAUAUGAGCCCGGUUAACCGAGCUGGCCCGCUUUGCCGAGCUGGCCCGCUUUGCCGAGCUGGCCCGCUUUGCAGAGCUGGCCCGCUUUGCUUUCACAUGAGGAGGGCUAGCCCGGCAAUCAUAUCUAUUCAUAGUAACGAUUUCCCGCGAUAUUUUAGCGGGAAAAUAAAAUUCGUGUUUAUUUGGCAAAAUUUUAUUUUUGUCGACGGCAACAGCUUCAGGAGGUGUAAUUUCGAUAAAUUCCUAUAGUUUUGGACAUUUUAGACUGUUUAUCAGUGGAAUAAAGCACGCAAAUUUCCAUCCCGGUUGUGCAUUCAUAUGAGCCCGGCAAGCCGGGAUCUCGCCUCGCUCAAGCGAGAUCCCGGCAAACCGGGCUGGCCCGCUUCUCAUAUGAACCCAGUCCUAAAUUAAUAUACAAACAAUAUGCGAGGCGGGAUCUCGGCACUUGAAAACCAGCCCGGCUAGCCGGGCCAGCCCGGCAGAGCAGGGCUCAUAUGAACAGCCCCUAAAAAGCAUGGCGAACGUGACAGGAAAUAUACUUCACAAAACAAUUUGGUCUCCCGGACCGAAUGGACAAAUUUUAUUUCCUUGAGGAACAGAACCGGUCCUUUGAUGGAAUUAACGUCAAGAUGAACACUUAUCACCAAGCUAAUUUAGUAUGUUAGAAGGGUACAAUGCAAAUAUGUAUACUAGUAAAUUAUAUUACAAGGACUUCAUAAGGAAGACCAUUGAAUAGCCCAAAGAACUGUUGCUCCUCAAAUCAGUUUCUUGAUAUAAACUUAUCGAAUGCGAAUUCUUAUAUAAUUUGUGUUGCCCUUGAUUAUGUAACGAGCAUGUAAAAUAGAUAGAAAUUAUUGAUAUUUAAUAUUUAGACACCAAAUUAUUUUAGUAGCUUAAUUAAUUACAGUCGAUCAGGAGUUAACUAAGAGCGGUCCGAGGCUUAGGUAGAUAAAUCCCGAAUAAUGUUUGUAACGAUAAGGAACUAUAAAUAAAGAAUAAAUAAAGCUAUAUUUACACACUGUGAUUUGUUGGGCUGUCUCCACAAAGAAUGAAA